GACAAGUUGUCAUGGCUGCUCCUGUGACUAACGAGUGGAAGUGGUUUUCAGCCUUAGCACUUGGAGUUUCUCUUCUCAAAUGUCUCUUAAUAAACGCAUAUCACUCUACAGAUUUUGAGGUUCACCGCAACUGGCUAGCUCUGACACACUCUUUGCCCCUGUCAAAGUGGUACUUUGAGGACACAUCUGAAUGGACUCUAGAUUAUCCUCCUUUCUUUGCGUGGUUUGAGUUUGGCCUGUCACAUCUUGCGGCAUGCUUUGAUAGUGAGAUGCUGGCAGUACAGAACCUUAAUUAUGCUAGUCCUGCGACAGUUCUUUUCCAGAGGCUUUCUGUCAUAGUCACAGAUGUGGUCUUCAUAUAUGCAGUCAAAGAGUGCUGCAGAGGGGUUUGGGAUGAGAAACGAAAAGACUUAUUGGAGCAACCAUCCUUUAUUCUGGCCACACUGUUGCUGUGGAAUUUUGGUCUUCUAAUUGUGGACCACAUUCAUUUUCAGUAUAACGGACUCCUUUUUGGCAUUCUGCUGCUGUCUAUUGCACGCCAUUUUCAGGGCCGACAUUUGGAAGGGGCAUUUUUGUUCUCGAUUCUCUUAAACCUGAAGCAUAUUUAUCUCUACAUCACCCCAGCGUAUGGUAUCUUUCUUCUAAGAUGUUUCUGCUUCACCUGUAGUAAUGCAGAUAGAUCAGUGCAGUGGAGAAGCUUUAGUGUUCUCCGCUUUACAGUGCUUGGAUUGAUUGUUCUUUCCACUUUUGCACUUUCUUUUGGACCGUUUAUUGCACUGGGUCAGCUUCCGCAAGUCUUUUCGCGACUCUUUCCUUUCAAGCGGGGGUUGUGUCAUGCCUACUGGGCCCCAAAUAUUUGGGCACUCUAUAAUGUUGCUGAUAAAGCCUUGACUGUGUUAGGUGUUAAACUGAAACUGCUUGAUAUCACCAAAAUCCCCAAGGCCUCGAUGACUGGGGGUCUAGUUCAGGAGUCUCAGCACUCUGUCCUCCCAUCUGUGACUCCUUUAGCCACACUGAUUUGCACCUUAUUGUCAAUACUGCCAGCUCUUGUCCACAUGUGGUUCAGACCUAAUGGAGCCAGAGGAUUUUUGCGGUGCUUGGUGAUGUGUGCCCUGGGAUCCUUUAUAUUUGGCUGGCAUGUACAUGAGAAAGCCAUUCUUAUGGCCAUACUUCCGUACAGCUUGCUUGCUGUGGAGCAGAAAGAAGAUGCCGGUAUUUUUUUCAUCCUGACCACCACUGGUCACUAUUCCCUGUUCCCACUCCUCUUCACUGCUCAGGAACUGCCUGUCAAAAUUCUCCUCAUGUUAUCAUUUACUGUCUUCAGUUUUACCAGCCUGAAACAGCUCUUCAGGUGCGGAGGCAGGUUGUUGAGUACAUCAGAGGCUGUGUACCUACUGGGCCUGGUUCCUCUGGGCCUUGUCUGUGAGUGUGUGUACCCACUGACCACAUGGCAGAAGAGUUUCCCCUUCAUCCCUCUCUUAGUCACCUCUGUUUACUGUGCACUUGGAGUUAUAUAUGCCUUCAUCAGAUUGUAUAUUCUGCUGUUUACAUUCACAGAUUGUGGUACUGAAGCUAAAAUGAAAUCUCAGUGAGCCAGGCAGUGUAAGAGCUGUGUGGCCCUCAGGGGAUGGACUGACGCCCAUUACCUGUGUGAUUAAACCAAAAGUGCACUAUACAGAUUUCCUUGUUGGAAACAAAGAGAUCAUGUUAGGGCCAAAUAUACUGAAACACAAAGAUCUCUGGCUGAUAUGGAGAAACAUAUCAGACACUCGAAGCCAUUUUAUAAUGUUUGUUCAUAUGUGUCAUGUUCUUUCUAUAGGUAAAACGUUGUGUUUUUGUAUGAUGCUGCGUUGCUUAGUGUCCAUGUCCUUUUGCUGUGAAAUGUGAAUAAGGAAAAAACUACAGGUGUUUUUAGUAUUUUUAUUACUGAUAAGGCAA